AUGCUCGAAAAUCUUAUCAAAAGUCUUCAGAUCACCAGUAUCUUUAAACGUCCCGCCAAGCGUCCCAAUCGCCUUGUAAACUGCUUGGACUUUACCGUUAAGCGGCCUUUGGAUAUGCGUACCAAACUUAGUGUCAAGAUCACUCGCCGCCGACGUAACUUUGGUAACAUGAUUUUGAUUCAAUUGCGUUUUCGCAUCUUCAAUCAUCUUCAACUGGCCACUUACAAGACCACUACCGGAGGUACUGCCAGCAACCUGCUGAUUAAGCCCCUUAAUCCUCUCCCUCAACACCGUCAAAUCAUUCUUCACCAAAUCAUCCAAAGUCUCAACUUCCAAGUCCCUAAUAACCCUCCGUAUUCCUCCCUUAAUCUCAUCUUUCACUUGCUUCAAAUCCCUCUUGAGAUCACCGUCCAUUUUCACAACAGCCUCCAAGGCCUCGCCGACUUUCUUGCCAACUUCCUGCUUGGCCGCAGUCGCAGCAUUAAAAAGUGUUGUACCUUUGCUUUGUAA